UGUUGGUUUCUUCGUGGGAGCGAGUGGCUGCGAUGUCGGGCCGCGGGAAGCAGGGCGGGAAGGCGCGCGCCAAGGCCAAGUCGCGCUCGUCGCGGGCCGGGCUGCAGUUCCCCGUGGGCCGCGUGCACCGGCUGCUGCGCAAGGGCAACUACGCGGAGCGGGUGGGCGCCGGCGCCCCGGUGUACCUGGCGGCCGUGCUGGAGUACCUGACGGCCGAGAUCCUGGAGCUGGCGGGCAACGCGGCCCGCGACAACAAGAAGACGCGCAUCAUCCCCCGCCACCUGCAGCUGGCCAUCCGCAACGACGAGGAGCUCAACAAGCUGCUGGGCAAGGUCACCAUCGCGCAGGGUGGGGUGCUGCCCAACAUCCAGGCCGUGCUGCUGCCCAAGAAGACCGACAGCCACAAGGCUAAGGCCAAGUGAGAAAGCUGUGGACAGUGUGUGGAGAAACCCAAAGGCUCUUUUCAGAGCCACCUACAAAUUCAGGCAAAAGAGCUGAAUUCCUUUAUCUUAAUUUAUUAAUUGCAGUCUAUGACUUAACUUACUUUUUGGAAAGGUGGUACUAAAUUCGUUAAUGCAGGUAUUUUUUAAGUUUAAUUCUUUGUGACCAUGUUAGUACUUUUUUUAUUUCCCUGUGUCUUCCCCAUGUUUGGUACUAUUUGCUUAGUCUGGCUGUACACAAGCACUCUUUCCCUGCCUUUGACUUAUUUCUCCUCUCCCGUAGUCAGAUAUGAUUACAAAAGCAUUUAAGUGCCUGCUAUAUGUUUGUGCUUCCUAUAAAAGAAAAGAGACUUCAGCCCCUUAAGUACCUAACUAAUCUGUAAGUGAUUCUUCAGGCGUCAACUGCCCCCUAUGUUAUUGCAAUUAUUUAAGGCAAUUUUUGAUGCUAUUACAAGCCUUUGAAGUCCUUCAGCAUGUACUAGAUGUGCUUGCAUGUGAAAAUUAAAAAACACCGGUAACAUUUCA